AAUCUUUUUUUUUUUAAUUGCUUUCUAUGAUUUUUCUUUUUUUGGGAAAUUAGAAUUUCGAAGUUGUGAUCAAAAGGAGGCAACUCACGGUGUAUGAACCACGAUCAAAGCCGUAACGUUCUCUCCGAUGCGCCAUUUUUAUAAUAUUUCAUGGAAAAAGAGAGAUGAGGAAGAAUGUUCUUGGACGUGUAUAUAUACACACACACACAUAUGUAUGUGUAUACAUUGGGAUGUGCGUUGUAUGAGUUGUAUAAAAGAAGAGGUGUAUGAGUCUGCGAGGAAACAUCUGAACAGAAGAUUACAAAAACCCUUGUAAAGAAAAAAAAAGUUUUUUUUUUUUUGCUUUGAAGAAGUGAAUUCAGACGAGGACGACGACGAAGAGAGGCCGUCAUUUGGGAACUUGAACCAUCAAAUUCAUCAACCUAAACCAAUAUCCCAAAUCCUUAACACUUUUUUUUAUUCACUCAACUUGUCUCCUCUAAGAUCUUGCCCUUUUUUUCUUGUAUUUAACCGCUGUGAUAUUCUCCAACUGCUACUCGAGUUCAUCAUAUUCAUCCUCCUCCUCCUCCUUCCUCGUCGAGAGUUCAUAUUGAUCUUUCUUCUACUUCUCUCUGCGCAAGAAAUCCAGUUCUGUUCUUGAAACAUGAAGUUCUUCGGGUGGAUGCAGAAUAAGCUAAAUGGGAAGCAUGUUAAUGGCAGACCAAACACGCCCUCGGCUUCUCAACACGUGAAGCAAGAGCCGCGAGAGGAGUUCAGCGAUUGGCCUCACGGGUUAUUAGCCAUUGGAACGUUCGGCAUAAACAAUGGCGUGAGCAAGGGAGGGAAUCGUGAUGGUGAUCAGAAGAUUCAAGAGAUUCAAGAGGAGGGUUCAGACAAAGAUCAAGAUCCUCCAUCUUCCUCGGAAGAUCUAGAAGACUUCACUCCCGAAGAGGUCGGGAAGUUACAGAAGGAGUUGACGAAGCUCUUGACGAGAACCAAGAAGAGAAAGUCCGACGUUCACAGGGAGAUCAUCGCGAGCAAUCUCCCGCUGGAUAGAUUCUUGAACUGCCCUUCCAGCUUGGAGGUCGACAGGAGAAUCAGCAACGCCCUCUGCGGCAUCGAUCCUGACGAUAAGGGGGAAGAUAUCGAGAGGACGAUAGGCGUUAUUCUCGGCAGAUGCAAGGAGAUAUCGACCGAGAACAAGAGGAAGAAGAAGACGGAUAUCGGCAAAGCCUCUGUGUCGUACCUCCUCAAGAAGAUAUUCGUCUGCAGCGACGGAUUCUCGUCGCCUUCUCCUUCUCCAAGCUUGAGAGAUACCCUUCAAGAAUCAAGAAUGGAGAAGCUGCUGAGGAUGAUGCUACACAAGAAGAUGAACUCACAAGCCGCCUCCAGGGCAACUCCGGUGAAGAGAUGCUUGCGAGACAAGCAACAAGUUCCGGAGAAGACCGAGGAGGAAGAAGGCGGAGGAGAAAAGAAGGAGAAGAGCAACGACGGGUAUAAAUGGGUCAAGACAGAUUCUGACUUCAUUGUUCUUGAAAUCUGAAAGGAAUUACUGGUUUUCGUGUUUGGAAGGAAUUCGAAAGGAGGAUCAAUUUUGGGCAUCUGCAGAACCAUGCUCUUGCUCUUUUUUUUUUUUUUUUGCAUGUUUGGAUCUGUGGGGAAUGGGUCCACACAGAAACCGGACAUGUUCUUGACACAUCAUGGGACUGAGAUGUAUUUAUAUACGUGCAUACACAUGUCUAUACAUAUAUAUACGUGUGUGUGUACGUAUGUGCCUGCCUGUAUAUGGUUUGUGUAAUCCUCAGGUGCAUAUAACCUGAUGAUGAGCUAAGAGUUUCUUCUUCUUCUUCUUCUUCGUUAAAUUCUUUCUCUUUUACUUCGCUUUGUAAGAAAUAAGCUCUUGAGAUC